AUGUCCGCAUCCAACUCAGACGUGCCCACCUGGGUCGCGCAGCUGCGCUCCCCUCCAGGCGCCAAGUCCAAAGUCCCAGGCAUCCCCGACCCCAACGGCUUCUCCUCCUCUUCCGGCUCCAAGAAACCCAGCAAGGACGGCAAAAGCCAACCCCGAAAAGCCCCCACCGGCGACGAAAUGGAAACCCUCAAGCUCAAAAAGGCUUGGGAAGUGGCCCUCGCUCCCGUCAAAGCCCUCCCCAUGACCGUCAUCAUGAUGUACAUGUCGGGGAAUUCUCUCCAGAUCUUCAGCAUCAUGAUGGUGUUUAUGGCGUUCAAGAACCCCAUCGCGGGGCUGAUGGCUACGAACACGGCGUUUGAGCGGUUCAAUUCGGACAAGAAUGCGGCUCAGAUUUUGCAGACGAAGCUGGUGUAUGUGGCGAUGCAGCUUGUUGCUCUGGGUGUUGGUAUUUGGAAAGUGAAUUCAAUGGGGUUGUUACCGACAACGAGAUCGGAUUGGUUAAUGUGGGAAUCGUUGAGAGAGUCUGUGGACAAGGCUAUUACCGCAUUGUAA